UCUUCCUAAUCUGUAUUAUCCGUGUGUGGUGACUGGUGACUGGUGACUGCUGAGUGCUGAGGCUGAGGUAACCUCUAUACGUUCUACACUCUCUUUACUCUUUACUCCUUCUACCAUCACCAUGGCUACCAUCACCAACAAUUUCAUAUUCAAACCCCCCAUCUCUCACCCAAAGCUCCUCCCUCUUCUUUCCCGUCGCUCUUCCCUACCCUUCCUCACAAAACCUCCUCAAGUAAGAGUUUACACCAACAACAACAACACACCCUUCAGCACUCCAAAAGCCACUGCAGCCCCAGGCGCGAAGAAAACGCAGAAGCAAGAAAGGGUCCAGCGAGUGCACAGCGUGGAGGAGUUCGACUCGGCGCUGGAAUCGGCGAAGGAGAGGCUGGUGGUGGUGGAGUACGCGGCGAGCAACAGCGAGGAGAGCAGCCAGAUAUACCCCUUCAUGGUGGAGCUGAGCCGCAGCUGCAGCGACGUGGAGUUCAUUCUGGUGAUGGGGGACGAGUCAGAGAAGACGAAGGAGCUUCUGAAGCGGGAGAAGGUGGAAAACGUGCCCCACUUCAGCUUCUACAAGAGCAAGGAGAAGAUCCACGAGGAGGAGGGGAUAGGCCCCGACAUGCUCAUGGGGGACGUGCUCUACUACGGCGACAGCCACUCCGCCGUGGUGCAGCUGCACAGCGGGGAAGACGUGGAGAAGCUCAUAGAGGAUCACAAGCUCGACCACAAGCUCAUCGUCCUCGACGUCGGCCUCAAGCACUGUGGCCCCUGCGUCAAGGUUUACCCCACCGUCGUCAAGCUCUCUCGCCAAAUGGACUCCGUCGUGUUCGCGCGCAUGAAUGGGGACGAGAACGAGAGCUGCAUGAAGUUCCUGAGGGACAUGGAGGUUGUGCAGGUUCCCACUUUUCUCUUCAUCAGAGACGGUAACAUUGAAGGCCGCUACGUCGGUUCCGGCAAGGGUGAACUCAUUGGGGAGAUUCUCAGGUACCAAGGGGUUCGCGUCACUUAUUAAUUCUCCUUGUUGCUUACUUACUUAUUUCUCUUAUCUUUCCAAAAGAACACAAAAAAAAAAACAUAUUCAUCGUAUAUAGCUACCUGUGGUGGGGAAACUUGUGACCAAAUAUAUAUAAUUCACUUCACUUCACCAAGGUUUUUUUCCCCACAUAUCAUCCUUUUUCUCUCAAAUAUGAAUCGUUGGAGGUCCAUGUCA